AUGCCGAGUACGAGAGACCCUGGCCUCAGACCCAAGACACUUGACCCCUCUGACCGUGUCCUUCUUCCCAUAGUCCGUCCCUUCGAUGAGUGGGCCGUGGGUCGUACCCAGUCCCUCCCUCUUUCCGCCCUGAAAGGCGCCGUUGUCGGUAUCGAUGCGUCGCACUACAUCUCCCAGCACCUCGUCAACCAGUCCACCCGGGAAGCACUGCUGAGCGCGCUCGGUGGAUUCCCCUUUGCCCUGAGGAGCAACAUCGAGAAAGAGCUCCAGACCUUCAAAAACCUCGGUAUCGGCAGCGUCUUUGUCUUCAAUGGCCUCGAAUUCGGCAAAAAGGAUCAGCGCCCGGCCGCCCAACCCACUUCGACGCGCCCAUUCGAACAAGCCUGGGAACUCUACGACCAACAGCAGGCAGACCAAGUGGUGGAUGCCUUCAGCAACGCUGGUAUGAUCACCUAUAGCCCGUCUACCACCAUCAGCCCUUCCACACCCAUCAUGGCCAUAGACCCCCCGGUUUUUGUCCCGUACUCCUGGGUCCCCCAAAGCUCCCCAAGCUCCCCAAGCUCCCCAACCCUGGCUGACCGGAAUGAACCCGCAGGCACCCCGCCCCCGGAAACCCUCUACAAAUUCCUGCAACGGAUCCUGCACCAGAACGGCGUUCCCUUCCUCGUGGCGCCCUACAGUGCGGCGGCUCAGCUCUCCUACCUCACUCGCGGCCCCAAUCCUGUGGUGGAUGCAGUCUACGGACCGUCAGAGAUCCUUCUGUUCGACCUUGACAAGCUGGUCACCAAAAUUGAGACCGAGCCCGCACAGUUCUUCUGGGUUACGAAGCAGACCUGCCAGGAAGAACUCGGACGACUGUCGAAUGAACAAUUCCUCGACUUCAUGUUGCUGCUAGGUUCUCCUUUCUUGCGCUCUUUCCCAGUGUUCGAGAACCCCGCCUUCACUGGAAAAGGCCCCAAUGUUCGGGAUGCUCUACCCAUGUUCAACGCGGCUGGGCGAAACGCCCUGACGCUUUGCGGCCAAUUCGAAGAAGACCGUCGCAUGCAGGAACUCCAGUACACGGACCGCUACAAGCGGGCGUACAUGGUCGUGAAGCACCAUGUGUACAUGGAUGUGGAUGGCCGAGUCGGCCCCAUGGACGCAGAGAACACCUCGUCUGACAUGCAUGAGCUCAUCGGCCAGCGUCUCCCCGAGGAGCUAUAUUUCUACCUCUCCAAGGGUGUUAUGGGUGCCGACGUUCCGAACUUUUUGACAUCGGGCGAAGUGCGCAUCCAGCUACCCCUUGGCGCAGAAGAUACCGAGAUUUACCGUCAACUUGUGGGAGACAAACUCACCCCGGUCCGCACGCAGUCUAUUUGCUUGUUGGCAAACUCGCUUCACCGAUUCUACCAGACUAAAGUGAUCCAUGUGCGCCCGUGGUUUGAAGAAAAUUCAGAGAGAUCUAUCAAUCUCAAGGGCAUCCCGUCGGUCAAGGAGACCAUCCAGCCCUGGAAGGUCCAUGGAGACCAGUUCCCAGAGAGCGUCAAGAAGCUGCAAGCAGCUCGCGGGUCCUUCAAGUUUGCCAUUGAGAGCUUGAAGGAGUCGGACUUUGUGUCCAAAUCGUUCGCUGCGAAGGACACCCCCAUUCUGUCGUCACAACAGGAUAUCUUGUCGAAUGUGAUGUGGCGAUUCCUACAACUGCGCGGAUAUGUUAAUGAGAAACACGAACUUACUGUGUGGGGCAAGUGCCUGGGGCAAGCGCUAUCGACAAUGGACUCUACCGACAGUCUUGAGGAAGCAGUGUUCCUGGCCAUUGAGAUGCUUCGGCUGGAACUCUUGAACACCAAGCACUGGUUCUCACAUGUGUCUGGUGGCCCGAUGCGAGGAUCAGAGGAGGAUAAGACGUUCAACAUGCUUGUUUCGCGAGUGGCGUGUAUCGCGAAGCUCCAACACAAGAGCAUUGGAUACUCCGGCCCUCUGAGCCGCCAGCUCCUCUUCUACCGCUCGCUGAUCGCCGAGGUGCGCUCUACGUUGAGGAACCUGAUUGAGGUGGUUAUGGCUGGCCUGUUCUUGAGCGGAGAGGCCGACCGGGAUCGGAAUGACUGGACCGAGAUGAGCAUGAAACUUCCUUUUAUCGAUGAUAAUGACUGCGGUCUUGGAAUCGCUGUUCGCACCUAUCUGGAUGACCUCCCUCUCCAAGCGGACCCUACCUCGCCUGAUGCUCGGGCGGAGGUCAAGGCAAAGGGCAAGGAAUGGUUCCAGCAUAGCGAAAGCUUCACCGGCAACUUGGACCGGGCGUUUAAGCUGUGGGAUGCGGUCUACCAAGGCACCCAGAAUGCAGGCGAGGAGUUCAAGGAUGCCAAGCUCUGGAGUAACGCGAACAAGUGGCUGUCGGAGCGCCGGUGA